AUGACAGUCAAAGUGUGUGUGUGUUGUGAGCACUGCUAUCAAUACAACCACAACAACAACACUGACUGUCUGUGUGUUUAAAAGACAACAAUUAAUGAGAGAUCAAUUGAUGCGGUAAUCAAAACCACCAAACAUACAUGUCAUGGAUUACAUCGACAACCAAUUGACGGUUACUACUGUCGAUGAUAUACCUCAAGUAGUCUUGGAGUACAUCCUAAGCUAUUUGAGUCCCUAUCGACAGCUGAUCGACUGUAAACUGGUCUCAAAGACCUGGAGGUCGGCGGUAAUCGAUACUAUCCGUAAACUUAAACGCGAUUUCAUAGCCAGUUUGGUUACACAAUCGAUCCGAUGGUGGCAUUUGUCGCCCAGUUCGGGACCAUCAAUAUCGGGCCGCUAUUCGCACAGUGCCUGUCUGGUCGGCUCAUCUAUGUAUGUGUUCGGCGGCUGUACUAUAGCUAACACAACGUUCAACGAUUUAUGGCGUUUUGAUCUAUCGUCGCGUACAUGGAUUCGGCCGAUAGCUACGGGAACUUUUCCGUCGCCGAAAGCCUGCGCAUCGAUGGCCUAUCAUAACAACUAUUUGAUACUAUUUGGCGGUUGGACUCAUUCCUCUCCCUAUCCCAUACACCAAGAGUGGCGUAUAUUCAAUCAGAUUCACUUGUUUGAUACGACUACCUAUCGCUGGAGUCUAGUAGUACCCACUGACUCGCAUUAUUGUCCGGCUAUUGCCGGCCAUUCGGCCAGUAUUAUCGGUCACUAUAUGAUUGUUUUUGGCGGUCUGCACAGCGAAGCCAACAAUCCGAUACCGUUUUUCAGUUCAAACGAUGUCUGGAUAUUGAAUUUAGAGACAUUUGUUUGGAACAAACAGCCGGUAACGGCAUCGCCGAAACCGUUGCCCCGUUAUGGCCACUCGCAGGUGGUAUUAGAUGACCAGCAUAUACUGAUAACUGGUGGUUCGGGCGGACCAAACAUGUUGUUCAACGAUAUUUGGUUGCUAUGCAUACCCGAUGACUGGUCUCAGCAAUGGUAUUGGCGACCCAUUGAAGUGAUUCGCAAGGACUCGAAUCCUCCUGGGCCGCAAAUCAAUUUUCAUCCCACUUGUAAAAUAGCAAACCUAUUGGUAGUGUUAAGUCCAGCCCAAAGACUCCGACCAACAAAUCAAUGUAAAGAUCAAAACAAUAAGUUACGCAAUAAUAAUAAUAAGUCAUCAUCAGCUGAAUCGGGUAGUAGUAGUAGUAGUCGACAGUAUUCAGCGGCCAAAGAGUCGGCAGCGGCGGCGGCCAAUGAUCGGCUAGAUUGGCAACAAUUGUCUGGUCAGGUACCCACUGCUUCGACAUCGACAGCAUCGACCUCGAUAUCGGCAUUAGAUACGGGAACUAUAUCUACGGCUGCAGCAGCAGCAGCUGCUGCUUCUGCUGCUGCAAGUGGUAGUGGUUUACAGCAACAGUCGCGUCCGCUAUCGCGACGUAAUCGUCAGCGACAACUGGAAGGUUUGGAUCGAAUGGAACUCCGGAUACAACAGAUGAAAAAGACAAUAUCGUCGCCGCUUGUCGUCCGAAAUACGACCAUCAGAUCCAGCGAACAGUUAGCCCAGAAUCCGAUGCAAUUGUUUUGUUUGGAUAUUAGUCAAGUGAUCGGUAAAAAUAUUGCCAAAUGGGUUCAUAAAAAUAUAUUCGUUACGGACGGACCCGAAGAGGUUAUGCUCUAUACGUUGGUCGCCGGUAGGGCUGAACUGAUAAUGUUUGGCGGCAUUCAAAAAGAUAGAAACUGUCGACAAAAUCAGGCGCCGCCUCCCGAUAGCAGCGGUGGUGGAGGCGGAGGUAUUGGUGGCAAUGUUGGCGGCGGCGGACUCAACGAUAUACCCGAUAUAGUCUCCAAUCAAUUGCAUAUAAUAACUGCUAAACGUAUUGUUAUUUAAGAGAAAUUUAACGUUAAUUUUAUUUUUAAUGUUUUUUGUUGUUGUUGUGGUUAACACUUACCGGUAAUUGUUUCGGAAACACAAUGUAUAUAUGCAUAUAGUUAUUAUGUACUGUAUAUCUACUGUAUAMCC